CGCCACGAAAAUCCUACCCUCAGUAGUGAUCGAAACACUCGGUUGACCGUUUGGGAUAAAGAACAACUCGUCCACCUCUCAGGGCAAAAGAACGGAAUAAAGGAGCAAUCCGACAGAGUCUGUUGAACUUUUGGCAUUUCGCGUGAAUCGAGUUUGGUCCGAUAGUUUGCCCGUUUUGCAGGGUUCGUGUUAAAACUAGCUAAACUAACCCCUUCUGUUGCUUCAAGCUAAUCUCCCCUCCGGUCUUCCACAAGCAAGAACAGCUAAAAUGAGUCGUCGUCCCGGAUUCCGCACCCGCGUCUACGCGUCCAACCUGGGCAUGGUGGAGAAUAACUACAAGGAGGCCCUGGCCCGGCUCGAGAGAAGCCGCAGACCCACAUCGGUCGAUCGCGAGCAAACAAUUCGUGCCUCCCCGUUCGCCAGCAAGCCGCUGUAUGACUUCAAUGGCGACGAAUUCGACGAGGAUCUGUCGAUCGCCCGUUCGCGUGCCUCCAAGGUUAUCCACGAGAAAUCGGUCAUCGACUCGCGCUCGGAAAAUCUACGCAGCCACAGCUUGGCCCCGGUCAGCAGUGCCGUGCUGGAGAACGACUUCGACGAGCAGGUCCAAGCCACGCUGAACCGAAUCCGUGCCAGCAAGAACAUGCUGAGCCAACUCCAGAGCAACGAUUCGCUGGAUCAGGUCCGCAACGAAACCCGAUCCAAGCUGAGCGAACAGACCGCCCAAAAGCUGGCGGAAAAAAUGUCCAGCUACGAUGAUUCCAGCGAUCUUUCCUCCACCGAAAAGAAGUCCGUGAGGAAAACUCUCAAGAUUAGAGCAGUAACCGAUAGCAGCUCCUCGCUGGAUGCCAAGAGUGCCCUCCAGUGGAAGGACGAAACUGCGGAGUCAUUUGCGGCUAAGCGAGCCAGCGCGACCAAGGCCCGUCUGGCCGAUCUGGACCAAGAGAUGAUGGAUUUCGAGGAAAAGCAAGCCGCCCGGGCCCGUCGAUCGGCCCAUCUGAAGAAAGUGCUAGCAGAAACUGCUUGCGAAGAGUUGAUCCCGGCUACCACUACCGAGCAGGCCGGAACCAGGGUGACAACCGGAAUGGUCCGAUUCAAAACGCAAAAGAAGGUGGUCUCAUUCUAGGCGCGCGUUCAAUCUUAGGAGUAAAGAAUUUUAUCUUUUUUUAAUUUGAAUUCCUACGUUUUCCGUUAUAGUUUCGUAUAAUGUAUAAAUUUUUGAUAAAGAAAACAGAACACACUAUUUAAACUCUUAGCCCGUAAGACAUUCGCAAAAUAGAUAUCUUUCAACUGGCACAAGGCAUUGCUAUAUCCCCUUUUCUCACUGUGUUUCUCAUGAGUUGGGAUCGUAGAAUUAAUUACUGUUAGGAAUGAAAAUACAGAGUUAGCAACCAGAAAUGUUAAUUAUAGAUAAAUAAACAGUUAUAUGCCAAAAAAUAAAGUAAAACAAUGAUUCACACCGAGAAAUAUUUGCAGAGGUGCACACUUACAGAUGAUGAUAA